GAAGCACGUCAUCAAAUAUUCAACUGGGCCCAAUGCCAACCGGGAACGGGAGAUGCUUGAUCGGCUUCGCGAUGUCCCCGGCGUGCUGCAAUACGAAAAUGUCUUCCAUACCGAACCCGGUGUGGCGCUCGUUCUGCCCUUUUAUGACCUGACGCUGGGCAGGUUGUGUAAGAUAUACGAACGUGGUCUACCCGAGGAAAUGUCCUGGGCGUUGAUCCUCUCCGUCGGACAGGCCCUGGCAUCAAUGCACGAGCGCAACCUGAUUCACUUGGACGUCAAGCCGGACAACAUCCUAUUGCGACGGGACGGCCACAUCGUUCUGUGCGACUUUGGCAUCUCCAUCGACAUGAGCUCCCCGCCCAAUUUUCCUGUCGAUGGCGACGGCAUUUACCUGGCCCCGGAAGUUCUCAAUGAAACCCCGACAACGGCUGCUGAUGCUUUUAGCUUUGGCAUCACCCUUCUUGAAGGUAGCUGUCCCUAUCUCGUGGGCCAACCCCCCAUCAAGGAGAACAUACGCCAAGAUUGUUUCAAAGACGAGUACUUUUGGCCUGAAGUCAGUGCCGACUUGCGUGACCUCAUCAAGGCGCUCUGUGCUUCCAAGGCUCAGCACCGGCUGACAUUGGCAGCGGCCGUGGCCAAGGCGCAGCAACACGCCGGCCCACACUUGCAAGCCGCCGUGAUCGAGUGUAUUGAACGCGGUUUGAGCUGUGUCCAAUCCGAGCAACCGCACGAGCCCAUGUCGGCGAGGUUGGCCGGAGCCACUCGGUCAAUCUUACCCCAUUCGCCUCGCGGUGAUCAUUUGGCCCCACCGCAAGACAACGAUGAGUUGAACAUGUCCAUCAUCAGCGCCGAGGUGACACUGCCAUGGAUGAUUCGAAUGAUUCAGAGUGCGUCACUCUUCUCUCGCAAAUUCAUGCUGGCUCGGAUAUGA